AGGUAUGUCUGUCUUUCUUUCCUCCGAAACAUAAUCCGAAUUCUACAGUUAUAGAUAUGAUCAUGAUGCGAUGAACAUGCGAGUAACAUGUCUAAACACCUCUUUUAGACACAGAGAAGAGCAAAGUCAAUUUGGAGGAUUAUAGGAUUGAAGCCUGCAGCUGAGAGAUAGGGUUAUAACUUAUAGACAAAACUGCAACGAAUAAGAGGAGGCUGAUGAUGGAACGAUUGGUGUGGCUCCUGUUGUUUUUAAGUGUCAUAUUCAGCCAGGCUGUCAACACUGUGGACGUCGAUCCAAACGGUUAUGUAGUAUACUGUCCUUGUAUGGGUCGAUUUGGGAAUCAGGCAGAUCACUUUCUUGGAUCUCUGUCAUUUGCUCAUGGCUUGAACAGAACCCUGGUGCUUCCGCCUUGGGUAGAGUACAGGACAGGAGAAAGGAAUUCUGUCCAAGUGCCCUUUGACACAUAUUUCCAAGUAGCGCCUCUACAAGACUACCACCGUGUUAUGACAAUGGAGAACUUUAUGAAAGAACUGGCACCUGUAAUUUGGCCACCAGGAAAAAGAACAGCCUUCUGCUACAUGGCCAGGCCAGGUUCUACCUCGGAGGGUUGCAAUGCUAAAGAUGGCAAUCCUUUUGGACCUUUCUGGAAUACUUUCAAGGUCGACUUUGAUUCAUCAGAGUUCUAUGGUCCACUGUAUUAUGAUUCACAUCGCACAUCAACUGCCAAAGCAUGGCAUAAAAAGUAUCCAGUAAGCAGGUACCCUGUAUUAGCCUUCACAGGUGCCCCAGCCUCUUUUCCCGUCAACAAGGAAGAUGUCUACCUUCAUAAGUACUUGAAAUGGUCCAAAGGUAUACAGAGUAAAGCAGAUGAAUUUAUUAAGAAAAAUAUUGGCACAGAUUCCUUUCUUGGGAUUCAUUUGAGAAAUGGUGUUGAUUGGUCCAAUGCUUGCAACCAUGCCUCUGAUAGCCCACGGUUGUUUGCCGCUCCACAGUGUCUGGGAUAUAACAACGAAUAUGGAAAAGUCACCAAAGAGUUGUGUUUUCCUUCGGAGAAAACUAUUAUCUCACAGGUUAAGAAGGUUGUCAAAAAACAUAAACUAGGGGCAGUGUUUGUAGCUACAGAUAAUGAUCCCAUGGUGCAAAAGUUAAAGAAAAGUUUAGAAAAGUUAAAGGUAAAAACAGUGGUGACAACUCAUCCCAGUGAUUCUCCACACAUGGAUCUGGCCAUCCUUGGGAAGGCAGACUUCUUCAUUGGGAACUGCGUCUCAACAUUUUCUGCAUUUGCUAAAAGAGAGCGUGAUGCCAAAGGGUUGCCCUCAGCAUUCUGGGCAUUUAAGGAACAGAAGGUGCAGCAUGAAGAAUUGUAAUGAUUUAAGGACAAUUUUAAAAACAGUGGUCAGCUUGCAUGUUUCUGUUUUUUUUUCAUUUGACAAGAUAAGUGCUUUUCCAUUUAGUGAAUGAUAAUUUGGCAAAAAUAAAGUCAAAUAUGUUUUUUGGUCUUCAGGGAAAGUAAAUGACGGUGAAAAUUUUGGUCAAAUAAUUUUGUGUCAACUCUAGUCUCAAACUUGUUAGAAACAAAUUAGUGCAUUUACUUGCUGAUACAAUUUUCUCGUCUUUUUUUUGUAAUAGAUUAAAACUGAAUCUAUUAUUGGAAGUGGCUGCCUGUUGCAUUUGAGAAAAACAAAGUUGUUUUCUCUAUGAUGAGGUUUAUUUUUUAACACUUAAAUCUUAUGUAAACUCAUUAUUUGAUAUUUAAUAUUUACAGCUUUUUUUAUUCUGUUGAAUGGUGUUACAUUGAGCUGGUCAUGAACACAUUGGAUGGCGAUUUUUGCCAGGUCGUUCAUUUAGAUGUCAGUAAUAAAAGAGCAUCAUUAAAAAGACCAAUAGGUACCCAGUAUGUUCAGCCCAGUUGGAUGAUAACUUAUUUCCAGUUUUAUCUGCUUGUUUUAAAAAACAUUCCAUGUAUUUUUGUUAAAUUUCAAAUCUCGUCUUCCACCAAUUGUUACAAUGUCAGUUAAGCAGUUAGAUGGAAAUUAGUAUGGUAAAUAUAACCAUAAGUCAUUUAAUAAA